GGGCGGCGUCACUGAGCCGCGCCAGCUGAGCGGGUGGAGCCCGGCCCCUCUAUCCUGCCUCCUCGGAGUGGUUUGCUCCUUGCUGCGCCGCUUGUGGACCCCCGCUUCCAUGUCCCUGGUGGGCACAGCACCCCAGAACCUCCACGCCCAUGGCUGCUAGCCUGAGGGAGCCCCCUUUCAUCUCCUCUGCUUCCUCGUCCACCUGCGACACGGACGACGAGGGCGUGCGCGGCACCUGCGAAGAUGCUUCUCUGUGCAAGAGGUUUGCAGUGAGCGUUGGCUACUGGCAUGAUCCUUACAUCCAGCACCUCGUGAGGCUGACUAAAGAGAGGAAGGCCCCUGAAAUUAACAGAGGAUAUUUUGCUCGAGUCCAUGGUGUCAAUCAGCUUCUAAAGGCUUUUCUCCGGAAGACAGAAUGUCAUUGUCAGGUUCUUAACCUUGGGGCUGGGAUGGAUACCACCUUCUGGAAACUAAAGGAUGAAGAUCUUCUCCCAAGUAAAUAUUUUGAGGUUGACUUUCCAAUGAUAGUCACGAGAAAGCUGCACAACAUCAAAAACAAGCCUCUCCUGUCCAAGCCCAUCGUAGAAUUACAUUCGGAGGACAUGCUUCAUAUGGAUGGGCACACACUGGAUUCAAAGAGAUAUGCCAUUAUUGGAGCAGACCUCCGAGACCUAUCUGAACUGGAAGAGAAACUAAAGAAAUGUAACAUGAAUACACAAUUGCCAACACUCCUGAUAACUGAAUGUGUGCUGGUUUACAUGACUCCAGAGCAGUCGGCCAACCUUCUCAAGUGGGCAUCCAAUACUUUUGAGACAGCCAUGCUCAUAAACUAUGAACAGGUGAACAUGGGUGAUCGGUUUGGGCAGAUCAUGAUUGAAAACCUGCGGAGACGACAGUGUGACCUGGCAGGAGUGGAGACCUGCAAGUCCUUGGAGUCACAGAAAGAGCGGCUCCUGGCGAAUGGGUGGGAGACAGCAUGUGCGGUCAACAUGAUGGAGCUGUACAGCAGGCUACCGCGGGCGGAAGUGAGCAGGAUCGAGUCCCUGGAAUUCCUGGACGAGAUGGAGCUUCUGGAGCAGCUCAUGCAGCACUACUGCCUGUGUUGGGCAACCAGAGGAGGACAGGAGCUUGGUCUGAAGGAGAUCUCUUGUUGAUCUGUUGAAAGCUCCUGUUGAGCUGGAAGCCGAGCUGUCUUCCCAGAGAUGCAUGGAGCAGCCUGAGUGAUGGCCGCGGCCAGGGUGGGCCUCGCCUGUUGACCUCACUCCACGCUCUGAGAAGUCUUAUUGUGAAGGUGGUCACACCUGUUCCUGUUCCUGUUGACUUACUAUUGUUUAAAUAAAUCUCACUUGCCAAACGCC